CAAUGAAUCACACUUUGGCUGAAACAGACACAGAGCUGGAAUCACAUACCGACAGACUGCUCCACCUUACUAGGGACUUGUAUGAAGCCACCCACCUUCCUGAUGCUGCCGUACAAUUGUUCAAGAUGAGAGGAGAGGAAAGAUCACCAAUACAUAGACUCUGCAUGAAUUCCUUAUUACAGCCAGACAAACAGGAGAGCCAGCAGACUCCUAAACAACAGCUGAGAACCAAAGAACAGAUGAUUUUUCCAGAAGCCCAGAGAAGCUCUUUGCCUGGUCCAGCUGUCCAGCCCUCUGGCCCUGAUGUGUGCACUGUGCUGAGGACUCUGCUGGAUCUGGUGGAUGAGUACUGGAAUGGACAAUUCUCUCUCCACCUCAAUCCCAACUUUAUGGCUAAAGCCAUCCUGCUUCUGUUACCUCUGACCAACCCUGUUCCACCAUCCCAACCUGAGACCAAGAAUAUAAAAGGAAGUAAGGAUGAGCAGAAAGGAAAGCAGGAGAGCACAGAAGGGUGGUAUGUGGAGAAAUCAAGGCAGGUGAAGAGUAGAUUGAGGAAUGAACAGGGUGGAUAUGAGGAGUGGAAAAGCUCCGCAGAACACAGAUCAGAAUUUGAUGUCUCAGAAGUUCAACAGCUGAAGAAACAACUUGCCAAAACUCAACAUGAACAGGAAUCAUUGAAGACAAGACUGACCUCAGCUUUAAAAGAAAACUUCAUUUUGCAAGCAGAGAAAAUGAAGAUAAUCAGACGUUUGGAAAGUGACACUACACUGUUGGACAUGGGGGUGCAUCUUGACAGAGAAACACAAGUUCUUCAACAGCAAGACAAACUCUUAAAGCAGCUGGAACGUACACUGCAUCAUCUACAGAAUAAUCACAGAGCCUUGUUAUGCUCUAAUGACUUGCUACAGAAUUUGAUCAAAAGAACCAGCAAAUGUAGUAAAAUAUUAUAAACCUACUGAAUCAAUACUAGUAAUAUGAACAGUUUGUAUAUCUUUACUGUAUCAUGUGUUCAAGGCUGAACUUU